AUGUCGUCGAGCUCGAGCCAGAGCUGCUCGUCGGCGUUCUGCUCUCCGUCGUCAUCAUCUUCCUCUUCGUCAUCGUCGUCUUCACUAGACACAGACACAUUGCGGUUGGGCGCGGGGUCGGGUGGAAGCGAAAGUGAGAGUGAGAGUGAGAGUUCUCGUGGGUCUUUUUCGAGUGGUGUGGAUAUGGAUAUGGGCUCGGGUUCAAGUAAAAGCUGGAGCAUCGACUCUGAGGGAUGGAGCGGUGAUUUCUGGAUCGCAGACGCAGACACAUGGAAGCCAACAGAAGCAGGGACGGGGACGGGGUCAGGGGUGUCGGUGCGACGGCGGCAGAUCAUCACGGACCAGGCGCAGGUGCAGCAGGCGCUGCAGGACUGCCAGUUCAACUCGGGCAAUAAUGUCAUCUCGUGCUUCCCCACAGCGGACACUGUUGUUCCUCAGCAUCAGUAUGCGACCUUUGUUUGGAACUCACGGCGGCCCGAAAUCACCCAAACCAACCUCGUCGACAUCUUCCUCUUCCGCGCCGACUCCCAAGCCCUAAUCCUGCACCUCGCAAACCAAACCAACCCACCCGAGCGCGCCGGCUUCGUCCGCGCGAAAGUCGACGACAAAUGGUUCGGCGCAGACGGGUUCAACUUUUCCGGCCAAAACGUGUCGUUCCCCUUCUACUGGGUGAUCAUCCGCUCGGAUGCGACGCUGGCGAAUGGGAACUUUGUGCCGCAGCCGAUUUUCAGUGCGGUGCAGACGACGGUGUUGGAUGCGGUCGCGGCGCCCACGGCGAGUGCGUCGUCUGCUAGCAGCAACUCUGUGCAGCCGACUGGGCUCUCGGGUUCGGGGUCUGGCUCGGGUUCAGGCUCGUUAACACCCUCGUCGGCGACGGCGUCGGGGCCCGUGAGUCCCACGGGCAACGUCCAACACGCAAGCUCCGCCUCGUCGUUCCCCCGCUGGGCGAUAGCGGUGAUAGUCGUCCUCGGAUUCUUCGCGCUCGCUGCGUCGUGUAUACUGGUGUUUGUGAUUCUGCGGCGGCUGAGGAGGAGACAGCAGCGCUCGUCGGCGUCGUCGUCGCGUGGGUCGAUGGGGUCUGCGUCGCCUAUGAUGCCGAGGGAGCAGGGUGGUGGUGGUGGUGGGGCAGGGGGAGGGCAGCAUGGACCGGAUAUGAUGCAGAGGUAUGAUUCGGCGGGGUCGCCGCUGCUUGCUCCCGCUGCACUUGGAGCUGGCGCGGGGUUGGGGAUUGGCGCUGGACUGGCGUCCGUCUCGCACCGUCAGUCCGGUGGUGGUGGUGGUGGUGGGAGCACGACGCACGAUGGAGCAUCGGCUAUAAGUGAUACAGGCGGCCCAUUCAGCGGCGCGGACGCAGCUAUUAUGGCUGAUGCCUUCCGCAAGAUGCUGCGCAAGCCUGAUUUUGCUGGGAGGCCUAUGGAGGAGGGCGAGAGCCCCGAGCAUGAGUUGGGAGAUGAGGGCGCGGGGAUGGAUGUAGGUGCGGAUGAUAAGGAUGAGGGCGAGCAGGUGCUUAGGGGACAGUUGGCGGAGGAGGGCAGGGAUAUUAGGAGUGUGAGCUCGUCGAGGGGUGUUAAAGUUGAGAGUGUGAAUACGGCGACGGGGACGGGUGAACAUGAGUUUAGAUGA